GCAGAGAACAUUAUUAUAUAUUCAUCCACAAAAUAGUUUCACCUCAGCAACUUAAUAAUUAACCAUGAAUAACAUCUCAGCGGGCACGUGCGAACCCCCAUUGAUAGAGAGCUACGAAGCUCUACUUCUCCGCGGCUCCGAAAGCGCUUCUCCGCGCACCAGUUUCGACGGCGAAGUUGCCGAACAAUGCGAGCUCCCGCUGAUCGACUUGGCGGAUCUGCGACGCGGCGGAGAGGCGAGGCGGGCGUGCGCGGGCGCGAUGGCGAGGGCGGCGUCGGAGUGGGGCUUCUUCCAGGUCGCGAACCACGGGAUAAGCGCGCGGGCUUUCGCGGAGAUGCGGAGGGAGCAGAAGCUGCUGUUCGGGGCGCCGUUUGAGGCGAAGGUGAGUUCCGGGGUCUUGAAUAACUCGUACAGGUGGGGGAAUCCAACGGCUACUUCCGUGAAGCAGUUCUUAUGGUCAGAAGCGUUUCAUGUCUCCCUUGCUAAGAUUCCCCAUGAGACCUGCAGUUACGGUUACGGUUACGGAGAUUCCUCUUCACUCGGGGUAGCAGUGGAUAAGUUGGCUGCCGCGAUGUCGGCGCUCGCCCGCACGCUAGCCGGCGUACUAGCCGAGAACCUAGGCUACACCGGCAACGGCUUCCCCGUGAACUGCGACGAUAAAACAUGCUUCCUCCGCCUCAACAGGUACCCUCCGUGCCCCUUCGCGCCGGAAACCUUCGGCCUGAUGCCGCACACCGACAGCGACUUCCUCACCGUCUUGCAUCAGGAUCACAUCGGCGGAUUGCACCUGAUGAAGGAUUCCGAAUGGGUCGCUGUCGCGCCAAAUCCUGACGUGCUUGUUGUCAACAUAGGAGAUCUCUUCCAGGCAUGGAGCAAUGACACAUACAAGAGUGUGGAGCACAAAGUGAUAGCAAAUAAGAAGAGGGAGAGGUACUCCAUUGCAUAUUUCCUCUGCCCAUCAUACGACUCCCCUAUAGGGAGUUGCAAAAAGCCAUCUCUCUACAAGGACUUCACCUUUGGGGAGUUCAGGGAGCAAGUGCAAGACGAUGUUAAGAGAUUUGGAUACAAAGUUGGCCUCCCAAGAUUUCUUCUGUAGUUUAUUACACUAUACACAAAUGGUAUAUUUUUCUGAAGUAUUAAGAUUACUAUAUGAAGGCCAUAUGAUUGUAAUAGAUGCGAUAGUACUUCAUAAUCUAGAGUUGUAACAUAGUACUUGACAUGCAGAAAAGUGGGGAUUGUGCAUCUACGAGUACUGAUCAAGGAAAAUUCCAUUGUUGUUUGAUUUUCUAAUGCCAGGAGAGGGAAAAGGAAACAACCAAUAGAAGUUUAAAAACAAGAUAUCAUAUCGCAGAGCUCCCAAAAUUUAAUAACAACAUGAUAUUAAAAUAGCAGAUAACAUGAAAAAGGAAAUGUUACUGGAACAAAGUGUCCA